AUGCCCUCUCGCUGCAGGAAUGCGCUGAACAUCGUGGUCACCACCGUUUUUGCUGCGGUGGUCCUCUUCACCAUCCUGCUGGCCUACGUCACAGGCUACCAGUUCAUCCACACUGAGCAACACCACCUCUCCUUUGGCCUCUAUGGUGCCUUCCUCUCCCUCCAUCUCUUCCUUCAGAGCCUUUUUGCCUUCUUGGAACAUCGGCGCAUGAGGAGGCCAGCCCGGCCACAGCACCUCUGUCGCUCCGUGGCUCUCUGCAUUGCCGCCUACCAGGAGGACCCAGACUACCUGAGGAAGUGCCUGCGCAGUGUCCGCCGAAUCUCUUUCCCUGGCCUGAAGGUGGUGCUGGUGGUAGAUGGGAACCGGCCAGAGGACCACUACAUGAUUGACAUUUUCCAGGAGGUGAUGGGCGGGGCUGACCAGGCUGGGAGUAUGGUGUGGAAGGGAAACUACCACAGCGAUGGGGGUGGAGGUGGAGGAGGCGGAGGCGGAGAGAGGAGCACAGUGCACAUGGAGGAGGCAGCACGAGUGGCUCGGUUGGUCAGAAACUGCCGUUACUCCUGUAUCAUGCAGGAGUGGGGAGGGAAAAGAGAGGUGAUGUACACUGCCUUUAAAGCACUGGGGGACAGUGUGGAUUAUGUGCAGGUGUGUGACUCAGACACAGUUCUUGACCCAGCAUGUACCAUAGAAAUGCUGAAGAUCCUUGAGGAAGAUCCGAUGGUGGGAGGGGUUGGUGGAGACGUGCAGAUCCUUAACAAGUAUGAUUCGUGGAUCUCCUUCCUCAGCAGCGUGCGCUACUGGAUGGCCUUCAACAUCGAGCGGGCCUGUCAGUCCUACUUUGGAUGCGUCCAGUGUAUCAGCGGCCCUCUGGGGAUGUAUAGGAACUCUUUGCUUCAGCGUUUCCUGGAGCCAUGGUACCAUCAGACCUUCCUAGGCUCUAAGUGCAGCUUCGGUGAUGACCGCCACCUCACCAAUCGGGUGCUCAGCUUCGGCUACAAGACAAAAUUCACGGCGCGAUCACAGUGCCAGACUGAGACACCUACCCAGUAUCUGCGCUGGCUCAACCAGCAGACUCGAUGGAGCAAGUCUUACUUCCGUGAGUGGCUAUACAAUGCCCUGUGGUUCCACCAGCACAGCCUCUGGAUGACCUAUGAGUCCGUGGUCACCGGCUUCUUCCCUUUCUUCUUGGUUGCCACAGUCAUCCAUCUCUUCUACCGUGGAAGGCUGUGGAACAUCCUGCUCUUCUUAUUGACGGUCCAACUGGUUGGGAUGGUGAAGGCCACCUACGCCUGUUUCCUUCGUGGCAACCUGGUCAUGAUCUUCAUGUCACUCUACUCUCUGCUCUACAUGUCCAGCUUGCUCCCUGCAAAAAUAUUUGCCCUGCUUACCAUCAACAAGGCUGGAUGGGGAACUUCAGGCCGCAGGAAGAUCGUGGUCAACUUUAUUGGCGCUGUGCCUGUCACAGUGUGGGCGAUGGUGCUGCUCGGAGGUGUGGUGUAUACAAUCUACUGUGAAACACAGGAGCCAUUUAGUGAGACAGAGAAAGCCUUGUUGAUAGCAGGGACGAUACUCUACGCCUGCUACUGGCUCAUUCUGCUGGUGCUCUACUUGGCAAUCGUAGCCAAACGAUGUAACAAAAGGGAAGAGCAGUAUCACCUGCCAUAUGCAGAGGCCUAAACCUGCGACCAGAGAGUCUGGUAGGACACUUCACUGCAGUAUGACUCUAGCAAAGUCUCUGACACUGUGGACUGCUCAAGUGAUGAGCUGUGAACCAGGAACACACUCACACCUUCAUUAUGGGUGCAAAAAGGUGUGAAUCUGAAAUCUGUAGCAGGAAUAUAAUCCAAUUGAGGGAGACUCAGAGAUGACUAGAUCCACAGAGCUCUCCCAUUUAUAUCAUGCUCAAUGGUGCUUCACAUUGAAAAACCAAACCAAACAGAACUGAUCCAGUUUAUAAAGUGUAUACACUUGUAAAUAAUGCAAUGCUUAGAAGAACAUUAGGUAGUAUAUGGGUACAGGUUAGCUGUGCACUAUGACACAAGGGUGCAGUAAAGUGUUGUUAAGGAACAUAAAGGGACACAUUGAGACUAAGAGUUAUAUAAGUCUUACUUACUGAUUAGUCAGUUUUUUGUUAUUUUGAUAGAGAUGAGAUGGCAGCAGGGUGGCAAUCCCUUGAACGUCUAUAACAAACAACAAUAAAUAGUAUAGCAAGGCAAUUCUCUCUAGUUCAAGCACCUGCAUUUCAAAUAAGAGCAGAGAAGCUCAGAUGGAUUUAGACACUGGAGACUAUCUGAAAGGUGUUUAGAUAAAACACAAAGCACAUUUUAGAAGUGAUACAAUUGCCUACAGAAUCAAAUGAAAGAACUGAUUGGGCAUGAUAGAUGCAAAUUUGUCCUUGCAAGUCGAAAAUGUAAACUUGAGCAUAGAAAUAUGUGUUGAACUCUGGGCUUUAUGAAUCUACUUUAUAAAAGUACAGAGAGGAAUAAAAGAGAGACAGACUGAAGGAAAAUAACAGGAAGAACUUGAUGAAUUUAGUGAGAUUAGUCAGAGGUGACACGGAAACACACACUGCCAUUCCACACAUGGUUUGUGCAUGAGGUACUAGCCAGCUACAGUUAACAUAUACAGGCCUACAGAUGGUACAUUAACUGUUUGUAAACAAUAAACAUGGACUUCUUUUGCAGUUUUAGCAUCAAAAUACAUGUGAAAUUCUGGUUCUGUCUCUACACACCAUAAAAUUAGUAUUUUUACAAGUGUAUCUUAGUACAAUACCCAUACGCCAUAUGUAUUUUCUAAGAGGUAUUGCUUUCUGUAAUCAUUCCUCUCCAUGCAGGCCGUGAAGUGAUAUCUUUUUCUAAGAUUGAUCUUUUUAAAUCCUAUCCCCAGCAUUACAUUGAUUUUGGUUUUUUUAGCCCUGCUAAAACCCUUUACACCCCUACUUUGCAUCUUAUGUAUUUAAAGAAAGUGAGACAUUGUGGUUUGACAAGCAGCCAUACAAUUUGGAGGGAUUUAUUGACGAUCCACCUAGGCUUAGCCUAGGUGACUGUUUCAACCUUCAGCUGUGCAGUUCUCAUACCCUCCAACUUUAUGUGUGCUAGGUUUACCUAGUUACCUACCUACCAGCUGCAAGCCAGCUAAGAGGGCACAACAUGCACAAUAAAACAACUUUGGAAAAACUAAGAUCCACAUUUUUCAUUACCAAAAGUCACAUUAUUACUCUUCACAUCCCCUGUGCCAAGCUAGCAGACAUGAGGCUUCAGCAGAUUGAGGGUAUUUUCCAGUACAAAAUGCCCUCUUUGUGUUUCCACUUUGUAAGCAACAGCUAAGGAUAUGUCUGGGGAUACUUAAUCCCCUAUCUCUUACAGUGUAGUCACGUGAGGAAGGUAUUGUCACACAGCCAGUGUGGACAGGAGGAAUGAUUACAGUGACCUCAAACUCUUUUAAGCAAUACACUACUUGUGAUUGGAUGUAAUGUUGUGGAGACUGAGACAGUUGGCAGUGUUAUUCCUCAGCUCUGAGAUCCCUCAUUUACUGUCACCAGCCAUGAACAGCACAGAUGCUCCAGCUGUAUUUUGCAGAGCAGCUAUGAUUUACCAGAACAGACAAUCUAACAUUUCUGAACAUGUUACAUAGUUUUUUUGAAUAUUUGCUGUUUUGGUGCCGUCUCCAAUGAGCAACUUAUUGUUGUACAUCGUGCUCCAGUUCUCCGUUUAAAGCCACCAGUGGGUCGUAGUUUCAUUUAGUGAUUCUGAGAUUUUUAUAUGGUCACUUUUAUAUAUUGUAAAAGUGCCAAAUGAUGUAACAGUAAGCUUUUACUACAGGACACUAGUCUCUUAACUUUAGACAUGUGUUUCAUUUUACACUAGAUGUAGUCUUUGUUUAUUCAUUCCAUCAACAGUGUAAAGACUGAAGACCAAAGAGAUUUCUCCUGAAGGGAGAGACUUGAGAGCUUUGCUUUCACUCGGUUUUUUCAUAUCUGUGCCUACACUGACAGAUGGGCAGUGGACAUUUCCUCUUUAAGUUAUGUUUACAUUGUUUUAUUUUGUGCAGGCUGUAUAAGUUUAAACCUGAAAGUUCGAAAAUUACAAAAAUAAAAGGAAAUUGUGUUUAUAAGCUCAGUUUGCCUUUCUGAUGGUCAACCAGCGAUGCACGAGGUCUUGUUUCUUUACCUCUGCUGCUUCCAUCUCUGGAAUCCCAAGAUACUAGAAUUUUCCGAAGUCAUUAAAAAUGCUUCCUGUUUCGGACACAAUCAUCCCAUUUAUACCAAAAUGAGAAUGUCCCCAUGAUUAAAAAACG